AUGUUGACGUCUACUCCCAGAAGCCUUCCAGGGACUCUGCCUCGAGGCACCACUCCUGUCAAAUCCAUACUCAAGUCGGCUUCUGCUCUCGGCCGCAGGAAAGACCAGCAUCACCCGGUCAGCGAGGGCGCUGAAGCCCAGGAGACGCCCUCCAAACGGCGCAAGGUGCUGUUCGACGAGAUCAAGAAUGUGACGUACGAGGUCGGCCGACGAACGAUGGACGAGAUCAAGCUCGAAGUGCGGAUGGCGCUCGAGGCCCACCUGCGGGGCGACGACGGCCAGUACGACGGAUUGAAGGAGAUGUUCGCCAACGACAAGAAGCGAUACCUGCCGCCGGUGGUGGGAGAGGAGGACGACACGCUCAAGCCGCACGAGCUGCAGGUCUACCUCAUGGCCCUGACGGGCUGCAUCCCCAUCCUCAAGAGCAAGGACUGCAACGGCCUGGUCAAGGCCAUUCUCAACUGCUCCUGGCUGGGACGCGACGCCGCCUUUGUCAAGGUCUUUACCCACUUUCUCGCCGCCCUCGUCAGCGCUCAGGGCUCUUACCUUAACCACGUCCUGGCGAUGAUUGUGGAUAAGUUCCACGACUCCCGCCCGUCCGCGUGGCUUGUGCCCGACUUCCCCGAGAUCAGCCGCGACACGAUGCGAGACAGGCUGCAUUCGGCUCUACAAUACCUCCUCAAGAUGUUUCCCUCCGCGACUUCUGUCCUGGAGAACCUGCUUAGAAACAAGUUUCCAUUCUUAGACGACUCGAUGAGGGUCCACAUGGCCUAUAUCCACAACCUCCUGCGAGUCAAGGACUACGUGCCCGACCUGCAGGAAGACAUUUUCGACAUGAUCUUGGAUCGUGUCGUCAAGAUUGACUCUCAGAUGCAGCUAGACCUGGAAGACACGGACGACGAUAUCACUGCCGCCGUCAUGUACGCGCUUCGCACAGAGAACCCUCAACAAGAAGCCGCAGGGUGGGAAGACGAGGCCGACGAUGACAGUGAUACCGACUCCGUGGACAGCGACGAUGCUGAUUACGAUCAGGACGCGGUUCGGAUUAAGACUCUGAAGGAAAGCGUGGAGAAGAUGGACUCGAUGCUCGAUACCCUUUUCGAAGUUUACACACCACAUUUCGCGAACCCCGGCUCGGAUAAGGCGUUUGACAUGUUUGUCACGAUCCUCCGCGAGUUUGACCAAAUGGUUCUGCCGACAUAUAAAUCACGACAUACGCAAUUUCUCAUCUUCCAUUUCGCCCAGCAGCACGAGCGGCUCACCGACGCGUUCUGCGGCCAGCUGAUUGCCAGCGCCUUCCAGAGCAACACGCCGAAUAUCCUGAAGCAGGCCGCGGCCGCCUAUCUCGCGAGCUUUGUCGCUCGAGGCGCACACGUGCCGCGCAGCCUCGUCCGCACCAUCUUUAUGCUUCUCAUCCACCACCUGGACCAGUACCGGAGGAAGUACGAGCCCAUCUGCCGCGGCCCGGAUCUUAAGCGCUUCCACCCCUACUACAGCCUUGUGCAGGCUACGCUCUACAUCUUUUGCUUCCGUUGGCAAGACCUGGUGGUUUCCGCUCCCGAGUUUGUCGACCCCGAAGACCCAGCAUCGUAUAUCGGCCAGGAUCUCGAGUGGAUCGGCACCUCGCGGAAGGAUCUUUCUACGCACAUCUUUGGCAAGCUCAAUCCCCUCAAGGUCUGCGCACCGGUCAUUGUCGAGGAAUUCGCCAAGCUGGCGCACCGCCUUAACUUUAUGUACGCCUAUCCGCUGAUUGAGGGCAACAAACGGAUCCGAUUGACGCAGUACUUGUCGUCGACAUACUCUACUGGAGGCGCGCUGCGGGACUCUGGCUUCGAUACGCAGGAGGAGAGCUUUCAUCAGCUCGAUCCGUAUUUCCCAUUCGACCCAUACCAGCUGCCAGUGAGCAAGCGCUGGCUGGUGAAUGACUACGUGCAUUGGAAGGCAAUCCCAGGCUUGAAUGCGGAGGAUGACGACAGCGAGUCAGAGGAGGACGAGGAUGAUGAAGAGCUUGAAGAAGGCACCGCAACCGAUAGCGACGGCGGCGAAUCUGAGUAA